AUGUCUCUCAACUCCUUGCAUUCUUUGCUCUUCCUAUUUUUCCUUCUCCCAUCUUCUGCAACUGCCUUUAACAUCACCAAUAUCUUAAGCAAAUACCCCGAAUUCAGCACCUUCAACAAUGACCUCACGCUAUCUCAGGUUGCCAGUGCGAUCAAUGCACGACAAUCCAUUACCGUCCUGGCGGUGGACAACAGCGGCAUGUCCGCAUUGUCGGGGAACCCGGCGGAAACUGUCAAAGACAUCUUGAGUCUCCUUGUGGUGCUCGACUAUUAUGAUCCGCAGAAACUUCAACAAUUACCGAAUAAAACAGCAAUUCUCACCACGCUUUUACAGGCAAGUGGACGGGCUGUUGGCCUACAGGGUUUUCUCAAUGUGACCAGUUCGAGCAGCGGUGGGAUUGCAUUUGGGUCGGCCGUGCAAGGAUCAAGCGUUCAUGCUAACUUAGUGAAAUCUGUCACAUCUCAACCAUUCAAUAUAUCUGUCUUACAAAUAAGCAGUGCAAUAGUGCCUCCUAAUAUAGGGAAAACUAAUUCUAGUUCUGGCUCAAACUCAACUUCCUCACCACCAUCCCCAGCACCAGCAAGUCCUAGCCCAGGUAAAUCCCCCGUGCCCGCUUCAAGUCCAACAAUGUCUCCUGGUGCUGCACCACCAAAGUCUGGAAAGGCACCAACUCCGGCUGCAGCAGCGACUCCCCCAUCUAACGGGAGUGGAGCAACCCCACCAGCUGCCUCACCAUCGGAUGCAGCUGCUGGAGGUUCACCAACAAGUGCCAAUGCUCCAGCAACAGAGGCUCCGGUUGGUUCACCUCCCAUGCCCGCAGGUGGUGUUGCCAAUGGCCCCGCAGGUGCCGGUGCCGACGGGCCUGCAGGUGCCAAUGGCCCUGCGGCGGAUGAUCCAGCAGCAGAUGCACCGGGAGGAAACAAAUCUGGCGCCCCUAGAGAUUAUGGUGUUGGCCGUGCAGGAGGUGUAGGACUGCUUGUCACAAUGACUUGGUAUCUGGCUUUGAAAACGUGGUAG